UUAGUUCUGGAAUCCACCCUGAAGGAGCGAUCAUGGCUCGCACAUUGAAAGUUAACCACGUUGCCAUACCAACCCUGUUUUCGUAGCAGCACCCGAUCGCACGUUGCCAUUUCAGCUUUUGUGUUUUUUUUUUUUUGGGUAAAACCUCAUACAAGCCGAUUUACGCGUGAAGCGCUCUCGCCUGCCGGCGUUUCUCAUCUCCUGGCUAUUUAUGAUUCAUCGUGCCGACCCAGCUUUCAUCAAUUGGAUAAACAUAGCGAAUCAUCUCUGACAUUUGGCAUCUCAAUCAAUCUUGUUACAGAGAUUGAAGAGAGAGGGGGAAAAAAAUACCUGUACCGAGGCCGGGAAGAUGAUGGUUAGGAUGCUUGAGGACGAUCUUUUCCCGUCGACGCCGGGGAAGGUGAAGAUAGAACGGACGCACGGGACGAGCCGCAAACUUCAACGCUGUUUUGCUUCGGCGAACACUCUUUUCCUGUGGGCUCUUUUCGUCAUCGCCCUCUUCGCUUCAUAUCUCAGCUUCCACAGCUUCGUCGAUACCUCGUCCCGAUACUUAUCCGCCUCGUGGGGUGGCCUCCACUGGGAACGCCAGAUCCGUGCUUCCGCCGCCGUGCGCCGGCCCGAAGGGAUCACUGUCCUGGUCACCGGCGCGGCGGGGUUCGUCGGAUCCCACGUAUCGCUAGCCCUUCGCCGCCGCGGCGACGGCGUGGUCGGGCUUGAUAAUUUUAAUGCCUAUUACGAUCCCUCCCUGAAGAAGGCCCGCAAGGCGCUGCUCGCGUCCCACGGGGUGUUCGUCGUCGAGGGCGACGUCAACGAUGCGCACCUCCUCGCUAAGCUGUUCGACACCGUGCCCUUCACCCAUGUGAUGCAUCUCGCCGCUCAGGCCGGCGUCCGCUACGCCAUCCAGAAUCCAGCGUCGUACGUUCACAGCAACGUCGCCGGUCUCGUCGCCCUCCUGGAAGCCAGCAAGUCCGCCGAUCCGCAGCCCGCAAUCGUUUGGGCUUCUUCCUCUUCCGUAUACGGACUCAACGACAAGGUCCCCUUCUCCGAGUCGCACCGCACCGAUAGACCGGCCUCCCUUUACGCCGCCACCAAGAAGGCUGGCGAGGAGAUCACCCAUGUAUACAACCACAUCUACGGAUUAUCCGUCACCGGUCUCCGAUUCUUCACCGUUUACGGACCAUGGGGCCGACCGGACAUGGCCUACUUCUCCUUCACCCGAAACAUCCUUCAGGGAAAGCCCAUCACCGUCUACCGAGGCCGCGACGGCGCCGACCUUGCCCGCGACUUCACCUACAUAGACGACGUCGUCAAGGGUUGUGUGGCGGCGCUGGACACAGCAGAGGCGAGCACUGGGAGCGGUGGGCGGAAGCGUCGGCAGGCGCAAUACAGGAUCUACAACCUCGGAAACACGUCUCCCGUGACGGUGCCGGCGCUUGUGAGCAUCCUGGAGAGGCACCUGAAGGUGGAUGCGAAAAAGAACAUUGUGGAAAUGCCGGGCAACGGCGAUGUGCCGUUCACUCACGCCAACAUCACAGCCGCUCGAGCCGAGCUCGGGUACAAGCCAACAACCAAUCUGGAGACGGGGCUUAAAAAAUUCGUCAAGUGGUACCUUUCUUACUACGGUUACUCCCGUAGAGUAGGGGGCAAGAGCCAAGAGCCCGUAGCAUAGAGCUCAUAAUUCUUGUAUUCUUCUGCUAAUUUUGUACGUAAAUUCGUGUCGCUGUAACAUAAGCUAAACUCGAUGCAUGUGGUUUGUCUUUCUUCGUU